AUGGGUAGCUUAAUGUCUUGGAAUAUAAGGGGUUUGAACCGUCCCCUGAAACAAAGUGACGUUCGUAAUCUCGUGGCUGAAAAUAAUUUAGAGUUGUGUGCAAUUCUUGAAUCGCAUGUGGAGGUUAGUAAGCUGGCUAAAGUAUGUAAAUUUGUCUUUCGUAAUUGGAAUUGGACUUCUAACGGUGGUGUGUGUAGUCGUGGUACGAGAAUUAUUCUGGGUUGGAAUGCGGAUAAUAUAGAUGUUAUGGUUAUUGCCCAAACCGAUCAGAUUAUUCAUACUCAGGUGAUUUUUAAAGCGACCAAAAAAGUCCUAUUCUGUUCAUUUGUUUAUGCUGAAAAUAAAUAUCAAGAUCGUAGAUUGCUUUGGGAGGAUAUAUGUAAGCAUAAGGCGUUGUGUCAUGAUAAGCCAUGGGUAGUUAUGGGAGAUUUCAACUCUGCGCUAAAUAUUGAAGAUGCGUUAUAUGGUACAUCGAAACAAUCUAUUGGAAUGCGGGAUUUUAAUGAAUGCGUUCAACAGGCUGAAUUGAUGGACAUUAAUGCUCAUGGAUUGCAGUAUACAUGGAACCAAAAACCAAAGAGUGGAGUGGGUCUUUUGAAAAAGAUAGAUCGAAUAAUGGGUAACGUGGUCUUUUUGGAUCAGUUUCUGUCUGCAUACGCGAUGUUUCACCCGUUUAGAGUUUCGGAUCACACGCCUUGUAUCCUUAAAGGGCUGGGUACUAAUGGGCAUCGGCCAAGACCUUUCAAAUUUCCGAAUUUUAUAGCCUCUAAACCGGAAUUUAAGGAAAUGGUUCAGCUGGAAUGGAUGAACAGAUUUGAGGGAAUCACCAUGCUAUCGGUUGUCAAGAAGCUGAGAAAUUUAAAGCCCAAGCUGAGAAAAAUCUUAUUUAACCAAGGUAACCUGCAUGUGAAGGUUAAUGAAUUGCGUAAAAAAUUAGAUAAAUUGCAGGUCAUGAUCGAUCGUGAUCCUCUUGAUGGUCAGUUGCGCCACUUGGAAGCUCAAUGUUUGAAAGAUUUUCAAAAGGCUGCUUAUGACGAAGAAUGCUUUCUUAAGCAGAAGUCUAAGGUUGAUUGGCCGUGUGCUGGAGAUUCAAACACAAAAUUCUUUCAUAAAAUUGUCAAAUCCAAAAAUGCUAGAGUGAAAAUUUAUAGUGUUGUGGAUUCAAUGGGGACGAGACACGAAGGAGAUGGUGUAGCCGAGGCCAUGGUAUUACACUAUUCGAAUUUUUUGGGGGUGAAGGCUCAUGUAGGUACGGCUAACCUGGAAAAUUUAUUUUCUAAUGUUUUGAGUAAUGAGGCUGCCGAGUAUAUGAUACGUCCAGUCACUCGUGAAGAGAUUAAGAGCGCCAUGUUUAGUAUUGGAGAUGACAAAGCUCCAGGGCCUGAUGGGUAUACUUCGGUUUUCUUCAAGCAAGCUUGGGAUAUAGUGGGAAAUGAAGUUACAGAUGCGGUCCUAUAG